AUGUUUUGGGUGGGCCCGGAUGUAAAUCGACGGUGCCCCGUCAAGGUCGUUCCGUCUGUUAACGAAGCUAGGCAAGGAUUACCCAGAGGCCCUCCAGUGAAUUCAAGCAAGCGACCUUCAUCAACCUCCACUGAACGCAACGCGAGGCGAGAGCCUCAGCAACCCGACCAGCCUUGCGACUCGACAAAAGCUUGGUUUGCCCUGAGCAUUCGCGCAGCUACGAAGAGAAACUUGAUCACAACUCUGCGUUCACAACAAGACUCAAUCAUUUUCAAUCGAUUUCAACCCGGCGCGACUCUGAGGGAGCAGGCGAUUCUCCAACGGGUCCGAUCGAAAAGGAUUCUUCUGGGUUUGUUGUCUCAUCUUGUUACCGUUCAAUGGCCGUUCUUGACGAAUGAGCCACGUCCUCAUCCUCGCAAGGCUUUCGGCGAGCGAAAAGCAUACGCGACAGACGGAGCUGCUUAA